GGGGGAAAAGAAGAGCGAGAACAGCACAAAUCUCUCCUUGUCUUAUUCCUCUUUUGCUUUUCUUUUUCUUUUUCUUUUUCUUUUUCUUUUUGUUUUUUUUGUUUUUUCCCCGAGGCGUCGUGCAUUGUAGUUGCUCUUGCUCCUCAGUGAUUUAAAAAUGGGUUUGUUAGAGGCUUAGAUGAGAACUCUUACUAAUCGGAAGGGGAAAUGGAGACGACGAAGUGCUUAGUUUUGCUUUUUGUGACCGCGAUUUUGCUCAAUGGCUUUUGCUCCGUCUCUGCUGCUUCUCCAGCACAAAUCGCAGGUGGGCUCUUCUCCAACGCGAUUUCGAUCCUCUGGAAGCAGCUAUGGUCUCUGAAAUCGUCCCCCAAAACAGCGAUCUCUGGGCGUUCGAUGAUGAAGUUCGAGAGCGGGUACACCGUGGAAACGGUGUUCGACGGGAGCAAGCUCGGGAUCGAACCUCACGCCGUGGAGAUGAGUCCGAGCGGGGAUCUCCUUAUUUUGGAUUCCGCGAAUAGCAACAUCCAUAGGGUUUCGUUGCCAUUAUCAAAAUACAGUAGACCUAAGCUUGUUGCCGGUUCGGCAGAAGGGUAUUCUGGUCACGUCGACGGGAAGCCGCGGGAAGCCAGGAUGAACCAUCCAAAAGGAUUUACAGUAGAUGAUAAGGGAAACAUUUACGUCGCCGACGCAAUGAACAUGGCAGUUAGGAAGAUCAGUGCUUCAGGGAUUACAACCAUUGCUGGAGGAAAAUGGAAUAGAGGAGGGCACAUCGAUGGGGCAAGUGAGGAUGCAAAAUUUUCUACCGACUUUGAAGUUGUUUACAUUGGUAGUAGCUGUUCCCUUCUGGUCAUAGAUAGAGGAAACCAGGCGAUCCGGGAGAUCCAACUUCAUUUCGAUGACUGUGCUUACCAUUAUGAAACCGGUUUUCCUUUAGGAAUUGCUGUGCUCCUUGCUGCUGGCUUCUUUGGUUACAUGCUUGCUUUGCUCCAAAAGCAAGUAGGAUUGAUGUUCUCAUCGGCAUCCACGAAUGAACCUCAAACUCCUACAAAACCAAGCAUGCCUCCCUACCAAAAGCCAAUGAAACGAUCUCUCCGGCCUCCACUAAUCCCACCGGAGGAUGAAACCACAAACCAUGAGGAUGAAGAAGGUGGCUACGUUUCGUCAAUAGGAAAGCUCCUUGGUGGAAUCAAAUCAUCUACAUUACAAAUUCUUGGUGCUGUAUCCCUGUUUUCAAAAAAGAAACCACCAACUAAUCAAUCUCAGCCCUACAAUCCUAGGGAUAACCCUUGGCCGUCUCAAGAAAGCUUUGUCGUCCCUGAUGAUGAGCCGCCGCCACCACUAGAAGGAAGAACCCCUAAUCCUAAAAGGACCUAUGCUUUCAUGUCCAAAGAGCCACAAAAGAUCCACCACCUCCGGCACGCCCAACCGAAUUAUUUUAAUGGGUGGGAUGGAGAUCAUCAUCAUCAGCAACAGCAGCAGCAGCGGCAGCAGCAGCAGGUGCAGUAUCACCGGCAUUACUCUUCGGGCCCACAGACUUAUUAUGAGCAGAGCUAUGAAUCAAAUAAUGAGAUCGUAUUCGGAGCUGUUCAGGAGAUGGAUAGCAAGCGGCGUGGAGCGGACAUCAGGGCUAUGAAUUAUGAGGACCACUUAUAUGAGCAGUACGGUAUUCGGUAUCGGAACAGUUAUAUGGGUUACAGCAACAACAAUUAAACGGUUCUUGUUUUUUUUUUAAAUGCUUUUUUGGUGUUUGGUUCUUCCUUUUAAAAUGGUAUUUUGCACCCUCAAAAAGGAGGGGAAAGUACUGGUUUCUGGACUGGCUGCUUGACAACUGGAAGGUGGUAAAAGAUCCUUGAGGUGUUUUGUUAGAAAAUUGCUGCUCCGACUCAACAGAGUCAAUUCUUUGAGGAUCAAGUGUGUUGAUAAUCACUGUACCAUCCUGAUAUUGCAACUUAGUCCUUUUACUUCUAAUUUGACCGCGAGCUUUAAAUAGAGUGCAUUUUAGUCCCUUA